AUGUCUUUCCUCUUCGGUGGCCCCCCCAAAAUGUCCUCGGCAGAGAAGAUUGCUGCCGCUGAGGCAGAGGUCGAGAUGAUAUCGGACAUGUUCAACCGUUUGACCCAGUCUUGCACCAAGAAAUGCAUUCCUAAUGAUUACCGUGAAGGCGACCUGAACAAGGGUGAAUCUGUCUGCCUUGACCGCUGUGUCUCCAAGUUCUUUGAGGUGAACGUUAAGGUCAGCGAGAAGAUGCAGGGCGAAGCGGCGGCCAACAAUAAGGGUGGUAUGGGUCUUGGCAUGUAA